AUGGGGGUCACCCGCUGUAUGGUGGUCACCCGCUGCAUGGGGGUCACCCGCUGUAUGGUGGUCACCCGCUGUAUGGUGGUCACCCGCUCUGCGGGGCGACCAGGGUGGCCGGGAUGCCACUGUGUGCCCUGCCAGUCCACGGUGGAUGCUGAGGGGCAGGAGGACGGAGUGGUGGGGACGAAGUGUAGCAGGCUGGGAGGGCACCACACAUCUGGAGACAUGAACCUCUGCUGGAACGAGAUCAAACGCAAGUCCCACAACAUCCGGGUGCGGCUAGAGGCGUUCUCCGACAACAGUGGGAAGCUGCAGCUCUCCCUGCAGGAGAUCAUAGACUGGCUGACGGCCAAGGACGAGGAGCUGUCGGAACAGCUGCCCAUAGGGGGCGAUGUGGGGGCCGUCCAACACCAAAGGGAGUUCCACCAGGUCUUCAUGGAGGAUGUCAAGUCUCGAGGGCCCUUCAUCUACUCGGUGCUGGAGUCUGCCCAGGCGUUCCUGACACAGCACCCCUUCCAGGAGCCCGAGGAGACGCUGCCCGACGGAAAAGAAGUGUCUCCGAGGAAACGGAUCCUGAACGUGAGUCGCUCGGUGUGGAAGCAGGCCAAUGUAACCAGUGACCUGUGGGAGAAGCUGACUGCCCGCUGCGUGGACCGACACAGGCACAUGGAGCGGACCCUGGAGCGACUGCUGCAGACGCAAGCAGCCAUGGAGGAGCUGGCGAUGGCCCUGGAGCAAGCUGAGGGCGUCCGGGAUGCAUGGGAGCCUGUAGGGGACCUCUUCAUCGACUCCCUGCAGGACCACAUUGACGCCACCAAGUUGUUUAAGGAGGAGCUGACUCAGGUAAAAGAGGGCAUGAAGCACAUUAAUGACCUGGCUCAUGAGCUGGCCAUCUCUGACGUCCAUUUGUCCAUGGAAAACUCCCGCUCCCUGGAGCACCUCAACAGCCGCUGGAAACUACUGCAGGCCUCCAUUGAAGAGCGUCUGAAGCAGCUGCAGGAUGCUCACAGAGACUUUGGCCCUGGAUCCCAGCACUUCCUGUCCAGUUCAGUGCAGAUACCCUGGGAACGUGCCGUCUCGCCAAACAAAGUGCCCUACUACAUCAACCAUCAGGCCCAGACAACGUGCUGGGACCAUCCAAAAAUGACGGAGCUGUACCAGGUGCUGGCGGAUCUGAACAACAUCAAGUUCUCAGCGUACCGGACAGCCAUGAAGCUGCGGCGGGUGCAGAAGGCUCUGAGAUUGGACCUGCUGAGGCUGGUGAGUGUGGUGGACGUGUUCAGGGAGCAGGAUCUGCAGCACGGGGAACAUGUGAUGGAUGUGGUGGAGAUGAUUCAUGCCCUGACCGGCCUGUAUGAGAGACUGGAGGAGGAGAGGAGAGCCAUCGUGGUCAACAUCCCUCUCUGUGUGGACAUGUGUCUCAACUGGCUGCUCAACGUCUACGACAGUGGUCGCAAUGGGAAGAUGCGCGUCCUCUCCUUCAAGACGGGACUGGUGAGCCUGUGCAAUGCGGAUGUUCAGGAGAAGUAUAAAUACCUGUUCAGGCAGGUGUCUGGUCCAGGGGGUCUGACAGACCAGCGUUACCUCACUAUGCUGCUCUAUGAAGCCAUCCAGAUCCCCCGACAGCUGGGAGAGGUGGCCGCCUUCGGGGGGAGCAAUGUGGAGCCCAGUGUACGCAGCUGCUUCCGUAUGGCCCCAGGGAAGCCAGCCAUCGAGGUAUCUCAUUUCCUGGAGUGGAUGAGCCUGGAGCCCCAGUCUGUAGUGUGGCUGGCUGUUCUACAGCGUGUGGCUGUGGCCGAGUCCGCCAAGCACCAGGCCAAGUGUUACAUCUGUAAACAGUGCCCCAUCAAGGGAUUCAGGUACCGCAGUCUGAAACAAUUCAACGUGGACAUCUGCCAGACGUGCUUCCUCACAGGACGCACCACCAAGGGAAAGAAGCAGCUCCAAUACCCCAUCAUGGAGUACUAUACCCCAACCACCUCAGGAGAGAAGAUGCGGGACUUUGCCAAGACACUGAAGAACAAGUUCCGGUCGAAGCAGUACUUCAGUAAGCACCCUCAGCGGGGCUACCUGCCUGUCCAGUCGGUGCUGGAGGCCGAGAGCUCUGACACGCCAUGCUCCUCUCCCAAGCUACCCCAUGCAGACACACACAGCAGAAUCGAGCACUUUGCUAGCAGGUUGGCAGAGAUGGAGAACCAGAAUUGUUCCUUCUUCACAGAUAGCCUGUCGCCUGAUGAGAGUCUGGAUGAAGAUCAGUACCUCCUGCGUCACUCCAGCCCCGGCGCCCUGGACCAGGACUCCCCCAGCGGACAACAGAUGCUGCUGGCCCACCUGGACUGUCAGGACAAGGACGAGCUGCAGAGAACGCUGGCCCGCCUGGAGAACGAGAACCGGGUGCUGCAGGGGGAGUGGCGGCGGCUGAAGUGGAGGCAUGAGGAGGCGGCUGCUGCGCCCCAGCUGACAGAAGGAGGUGAGGGGGUUCCGGGAUCUCCCACAGAGGGCCAGCAGGACGAGGAGCUCCUGGCCGAGGCAAGGGUCCUCCGGCAGCACAAGACUCGCCUGGAGACACGCAUGCAGAUCCUAGAGGACCACAACAAACAACUGGAGUCCCAGCUGCACAGGCUACGAGAGCUACUGCUGCAGCCCAAAGACGAUUCGGAGGCCAACGGGUCGGAACCUUCGUCCCUGUCAUCUCCGGUGUCAGGGGGAGGCCGUCAGGGGGACGGACCCAGUAGAGAGACCACAGACACAGAGGCAGCAGGUGAGCUACUAAAUGGUGAUGAUGAUCAUGAACAGGACACAGUGCAGCAGCUGCAGGAGGUCAUAGAGCAGCUGAGAAACGUCUUCCCUUCAGAACCUGGAACCACGUCACUCAUCUAACCCAGGGCGACGCUUGGAGUGCAGAGUGAUGCCUGAUGGGAUGCCUGAUGGCCCGUGCCCCAUAUAGCUGCCGUCAGAGGGACAGAGAGUGCACCAGGUCCUUGACCCAUACAGCAGCUCACCCAGAGCUGACCCCUCUCCCUCCCCCUGGACCUCUGUGCACUAACCACCCCUGUGGGAGCCAAAGGCUAACAGCUAAUGCUAACGUCCAGGCCGGGCCAAGCACUAUGCUAACAAGCUAUGGCUAAAGUUAUGCUAUGGCUAAGCGGUGCAGCCAGACACUGUGUUAACCAGCUAAGGAGGCUAAGGAAGCUAACGGCUAACGUUAGCAGCCCAGCCAGGCAGAAACAGUUUUAGCUAGCUAAUCCACUACUGGCUAACGCUAGCAUCCCAGCCAUGACACUGUGCUAACCAGCGUCCACGUAGUCGUCCGAAGGUGUGACGUUUUAUAUCCAUACAGCACAAGGACCUUCCACAAAAAUGACUUUUACACAAUGCAAAAAUGAGUGAGGAUUUCCAUCAUGUUUGUUCUAUCCAGUAACUGCGUGCGUUUGUGUUUUUCCUGUUUUCUAAUGCGUUUCAAACUUCUCUUUUUUUAACGAGGCGUUCAUGCGCACCAGCGUUGACUCGA